UCAGCGGGGCCUGCGCCGCGGCUGCAGGCGGACGGGCCCGCAGAGGUCUGAUCCCUCGCGUCCGCGCUCUCCGGCAGCGAGGCAGUCGAUGGGACGGAGCGCCGCGGAGCAGGAGGCGGCGCCCGUCGGGGGGCUGGGGCAGCGCGAGAGCCCGCCUGGAGGCUCGGGCAUGGCGGGCCGCAGGACCUGAGUCCUACCCUGCGGGUAGCAACCUGGUGGCGGGCGAUGGGGACGGAGCGGGGCUGCCGCCGCGCUGAGCCGUGAGCGCCGCGCUUCCGCCGCCGCCUCUUCGUCGCCGCCUUGGCCCCUCGCGAAGCGCCGGGCAGCUCGGGAACAUGGCCCUGGAGCAGCUCUGCUCGGUCCUCAAAGUGUUGUUAAUAACAAUACUUGUAGUGGAAGGGAUUGCUGUGGCCCAAAAGACCCAAGAUGGACAAAAUAUUGGAAUCAAGCACAUUCCUGCAACCCAGUGUGGCAUUUGGGUUCGAACCAGCAAUGGAGGUCAUUUUGCUUCACCAAAUUAUCCUGACUCAUAUCCACCAAACAAGGAAUGUAUCUACAUUUUGGAAGCUGCUCCACGUCAAAGAAUAGAGUUGACCUUUGAUGAACAUUAUUAUAUAGAACCAUCAUUUGAAUGUCGGUUUGAUAACUUGGAAGUUCGAGAUGGGCCGUUUGGUUUCUCUCCACUUGUAGAUCGUUACUGUGGUGUGAAAAGCCCUCCAUUAAUUAGAUCAACAGGGAGAUUCAUGUGGAUUAAGUUCAGUUCUGAUGAAGAACUUGAAGGACUAGGAUUUCGAGCAAAAUAUUCGUUUAUUCCAGAUCCAGACUUUACUUACCUAGGAGGUAUUUUAAAUCCCAUCCCAGAUUGCCAGUUUGAGCUGUCAGGAGCUGACGGAAUAAUACGUUCUAGUCAGGUAGAACAAGAGGAAAAAACAAAACCUGGCCAAGCAGUUGAUUGCAUCUGGACGAUUAAAGCUACUCCAAAAGCUAAGAUUUAUUUGAGGUUCCUAGAUUAUCAGAUGGAGCACUCAAAUGAAUGCAAGAGAAAUUUCGUUGCAGUCUACGAUGGGAGCAGUUCUAUUGAAAAUCUGAAGGCCAAGUUUUGCAGCACUGUGGCCAACGAUGUAAUGCUUAAAACAGGAGUUGGGGUGAUACGGAUGUGGGCUGAUGAAGGUAGUCGGCUUAGCAGGUUCCGAAUGCUCUUUACUUCCUUUGUGGAGCCUCCCUGCACAGGCAGCACUUUCUUUUGCCAUAGCAACAUGUGCAUCAAUAAUUCUUUAGUCUGUAAUGGGGUUCAAAACUGUGCAUACCCUUGGGAUGAAAAUCAUUGUAAAGAAAAGAAAAAAGCAGGACUGUUUGAACAAAUCACUAAAACUCACGGAACAAUUAUUGGCAUUACGUCAGGGAUUGUCUUGGUCCUUCUCAUUAUUUCUAUUUUAGUACAAGUGAAACAGCCUCGAAAAAAGGUCAUGGCUUGCAAAACUGCUUUUAAUAAAACUGGAUUCCAAGAAGUGUUUGAUCCUCCUCAUUAUGAACUGUUUUCACUGAGAGACAAGGAGAUGUCUGCGGACCUGGCCGACCUGUCGGAGGAACUGGACAGCUACCAGAAGGCGCGGUGCUCCUCCACGGCGUCGCGGUGCAUCCACGACCAUCACUGUGGAUCUCAGGCACCCAGCAUCAAACAAAGCAGGACCAACCUCAGUUCCAUGGAACUUCCCUUCCGAAAUGAUUUUGCACAACCGCAGCCAAUGAAAACAUUUAAUAGCACCUUCAAAAAGAGUAGCUACACUUUCAAGCAGGCACACGAGUGCCCUGAACAGGCCCUAGAAGACAGAGUAAUGGAAGAGAUUCCCUGUGAAAUUUAUGUCAGAGGGCGGGAAGAUUCUGCACAAGCAUCCAUAUCCAUCGAUUUUUAAUCUUCUACUGAAGGUGACAUUAAUUAUUAAGUACGUACGUAUGUAGCCUACAGAGCACCCAUACUGUUUUCAGCAGCCAACCCUUUUCUCCUGUCAGAGCCAGGAAGAUCUUCAUUUCCCAUUAACCUAAUGUAAUGGUGAAGUUUUUAUUAUCUCAGGCAGUCUAUAUAUGUUAACCCAACCUGGGAACUUAUUCCAUUCAGUAAAAAACAAAAAAUAAGCCUCUAUUGCUCAGUGUCCUACAAACAAAGCACCAGUUACAUAGUAGCAUUUGGAGAGAUGAGGGGUGGUGGUGCGUCAGGCUCAGCUGCCUGCGGGUCUUAGCAGCAGGAAGACCGCUCCUGAUUGAUACAGCUCUGUCAAUGUUUUGAUCCCACAAUAAGUUUAAAAGUAAGAUUUUUCUU